AAAGAGUGUGGUGAUGCUGACCAGAAGAGGGUGCAGAGGAUCAUCGAGGGCGAGCUGACGUCCCGAACUGAUGCCGCCUGUCCUCUUCUUCAUGCUUCGGGUUGAAAAACCGCUGAGCCGUCGACAGCAGGCUUCCGUCGCACAUGAAACAAUCUGCCCCACACUGGAAAAGUGGAGGAAAAAGCAGACAGAGCUGUAAAUGUAUCGACAGCAGAUAGCUCAGUAUGAAGAAGUCCGUCCGGCCUGCGGUGAGUAAGGCGAGUGUGGAUCGAGGGAAGGUCGAGGCUGCUGGGAACGCCGGCACCGGAAAGGCUGGAGCCAAAAGUAAUAGUUCUGCACCUUUGUCCAAGGUGAAAAGCAAUGAUGAUCUAUUAGCAGGAAUGGCUGGAGGGAAUCAUGCGUCAAGUAGUGCUGUCCCCAAAACCAAGAGAACUGCCUCAGUCGGGACCACUACUAGCACCCUCGACAGCAAACAGAAAACAACAUCAGGUACUUCAACCAAGCGUAUGACAUCAUCCACUACAAAAGAGCCAAAUUCUACACGAGACCGUCUUCGGACAUCGAGGACGUCGGCUAAUAAGAAGCAGCUGGUCUCAGGGACACCGGCAGGCGAUGCAUCCUCAGGGAAGCGCUUUCGCAAUCAGAUCCCGACGGAGUCUGAGAGCCGUAUGAGCAAGUCCAAAUCAGAUGGCCAGAUCAGCGAUAAGGUGGCCCUGGAGGCAAAAGUCAACGACCUGCUCGGUCUCGCUAAAAGCAAAGAUGUGGAGAUUCUACACCUUCGCAGUGAACUCCGAGACAUGAGAGUCCAGCUUGGCAUGGACGGAAAGGAUUUGCAACCGCAGCAAGAAGCAGAGGAGGAAGAGAAGCCACAGGUGUCGGCCAUCACAGCGGCUGACGUGGAGUCCACUCUGCUGCUCUUACAAGAGCAGAACCAAGCCAUAAGAGGGGAGCUGAACUUGCUGAAGAGUGAGAAUCGCAUGCUCAAGGACCGUCUUAACGCCUUAGGCUUCUCUCUGGAGCAGAGGCUGGAUGGUUCCGACAAGCUCUUCAGCUACUCCUCUCUGAGUCCAGACUUGGCAGCGAGCAGUGGACAGAGUGAGGGCGGAGCCACCCUGACCUCCUCAGCGGCGGGCUCCGCUCCAGGCUCCCUGGAGGACCUACUCACCGGGCACCAGCAUGGCGGCUCAGCAGACAAUCUCGACAGUGAAUCCAGCGAGGUGUACCAGGCCGUCACCUCCAGCGACGACGCUCUGGACGCCCCGUCCGGAGCCUCGUCGUCGUCAGAAUCUGAGUGCGUUCCCAGCAGAGAGCGCUCACGGAGAGGCAGCAGUGGCAAUGCCAGCGAGGUAUCCGUGGCGUGUCUAACAGAGCGCAUCCAUCAGAUGGAGGAGAACCAGCACAGCACUGCCGAGGAGCUGCAGGCCACGUUGCAGGAACUGGCUGAUCUGCAACAGAUCACGCAGGAGCUGAACGGGGAGAACGAACGGCUCGGCGAGGAAAAAGUCAUCCUCAUGGACUCUUUGUGCCAGCAGAGCGACAAGCUGGAGCUCUACGGACGUCAGAUUGAGUAUCUUCGCUGUUUGCUAGAAGAGCAUCAUAUCUCGUACGUGCUGGAGGAGGACAUCAAGAGCGGUCGCUAUUUGGAGCUGGAGCAGCGCUAUGGCGACCUGUCCGAUAACGCCCGCUUCGAAAGAGAGCAACUGCUGGGGGUGCAACAGCACCUGUCCAACACGUUGAAGAUGGCAGAGCAGGACAACGCCGAGGCCCAGGAUGUGAUCGGAGCACUGAAGGAGCGAAACCACCAAAUGGAGCGCAUCCUGGAAUCGGAGAGACAGGAUCACGCGGCCGUAGCAGCCGCGCUCGACGAGUACAGAGCGGCGGUCAGCAGUGACCAGGCGGAGCUGAGCCGCUGCAGAGCCCAGUUGGACCAGGAGAGGCAAAGGGUGGCCGAGCUGUACUCGCUCCAUACCGCAGGCGACAGGAAUGACAUAUGUCAGCUUUUGGAGGGCGUGCGACAGGAGAAGGAGGAGGCCGAGGCCAAGGCUGCUAAGUCGCAGGAGGAGUUGAAGCAAGCUCACAAUGACCUUACAAGGCUGCAGGAGACGCUCAGUAAGCUUGAUAGGGAAUAUAGAGACUUUCAGCAGCAGGUGCAGCAGCAAAUGGCUGAGCAAGAUCGCAUGCUGGAGAAGCAGCGCAUGGAGCUGCAAGAGAAAGAGACGGAGAUUGUGGACAUGAAGGAAACCAUCUUUGAGCUGGAGGAUGAGGUGGAGCAGCACCGAGCUCUGAAGCUACAUGACAACCUCAUAAUCACAGACCUUGAGAACUCUGUAAAGAAGCUGCAGGACCAGAAACACGAUAUGGAGCGAGAGAUAAAGAUCCUUCAUCGCAGACUCAGGGAGGAGUCGAUGGAGUGGCGUCAGUUCCAGGCAGACCUGCAAACGGCUGUGGUCAUUGCUAAUGAUAUCAAGUCCGAAGCGCAGGAGGAGAUUGGAGACCUUCGGCGCCGGCUGCAGGAAGCCCAGGAGAAGAACGAAAAGCUGAGCAAAGAGCUGGAUGAGGUCAAGAGCCGCAAGCAGGAUGAGGAGAGAGGCCGAGUGUAUAACUACAUGAACGCAGUGGAGAGGGACCUGGCAGCACUCAGACAGGGCAUGGGCCUCAGUCGUCGAUCUUCCACCUCCUCUGAGCCUUCGCCUACCGUCAAAACACUUAUCAAGAGCUUUGACAGUGCCUCACAAGCGUUGCCACCUUCCAGUGUUGCCGCUGUGGCUCCGACAGCUACAGCCUCCCCAAUACCACGCACCCCUCUCAGUCCCAGUCCCAUGAAGACGCCCCCAGCAGCUGCUGUAUCACCCAUACAGAGGCAUUCGGUGUCCACAUCUCUGUCGGCAGUCAAGCCAAUCUCCUCCCUGAGUGACAAGAGGAGCAGCUACUCCGACAUUUCGAUGCCACCGGAGCAUCUUCUCAGGGGAGCUCCAGCCGGUAGGCCCUCAUCCGUUCUCCAGAGGGUCUCCAAUACUGAUUCCACCAAGACCAUAUCGAUGUCCCGCCGCAGUAGCGAAGAGAUUAAGAGGGAUAUGUCCAACCAAGAUGGGACGUCCUCGUCCUCCCUGAUGGCCAUGAGUGUUGCAUCCUCUCCACUCUCUCUCUCGUCCUCCUCACCCACCGCCUCCAUCACCCCUACAGCACGGAGCCGGCUAAGAGAGGAGCGAAAGGACCCACUGUCGGCGCUGGCCAGAGAGUAUGGAGGCUCCAAAAGAAAUGCCCUGCUGAAGUGGUGCCAGAAGAAAACUGAAGGUUAUCAGAACAUUGACAUCACCAAUUUCAGCAGUAGCUGGAACGACGGUCUAGCGUUUUGUGCUGUGCUCCACACCUACUUGCCCGCCCACAUCCCGUAUCAAGAACUCACCAGCCAAGACAAGAGGAGGAACUUCACCUUGGCGUUCCAGGCCGCAGAGAGCGUUGGCAUCAAAUGCACUUUGGACAUCAACGAGAUGGUGCACACGGAACGGCCGGACUGGCAGAGCGUCAUGACGUACGUCACAGCUAUCUACAAAUACUUUGAGACCUGACUUCCUGCACGCUGCCACAGCAUCGCCGCCUUGACGUAACAACUAUACCUCACUGGAGUACCACACACACACACACACACACACACACUCAUGUGAAGAUCCUACGCAGUGUCGCCAUGAGUCCUCGCCGUGUAAGAAGCGACGGGUGAUGGUGAAGUCGCCGCGCCUCAGUGCCUUCAACGUUUUCUUUUAGGCCGUUUUUCUCCGCUCGCUUCAAAACGAGAAGCUUUUUUUUUUUUUUUUUGAUGCGGAAGGAAACAUCUGCUGCUGCUCAAUAACAUAUCAGUCACGCUUACGAUGCAGCUCGGCCAAGCAGGCAGGCGUCUUUCCUCAAGCCUUCUUGAGAUGCCUUACUGUAGUGUGAUGAUUGAUGCCUCAGUGAUCAGAUCACGUUCAAACGCAGAAGAACGUGCUCCGCAACACUAACAGACAUUUUAAGCUGGCUUUUUUAAUAGAGCACGACGAUCAUUUACCGCGUUCAUCCCAAUGCAAACGUAGCACUGUUUGCUUUCGGGGGUUCUUCGUUUUGUCACGUAGAGCGUGGGUUCACCCAAGGAACGAGUUCAAGAGGGCUUUAGAAAUGACACUACAUACAUAAGCUGAAAGGAUGUCAUGGGAAUAAACAGGAGCUUGUUUAUUUAUUGGCGAAACACUAGGAUAAAAACUGUCAUAGUUUGCAUGCAUGUCAAAGAUUUACUUGCAUAUUUUGUGUGAUUAGAACAGUGGUGUCCAAAGUACGGCUCCGGGGCUUUAUACUCAUUUUUUUUUAUUGGCCCUCUGCAUAGUGUAGAAAUGAAACAAAGGCAUCAGAAUUGUACAGAGCCCUUAAAGAGACAUGGGGGAAACAAAUGUUUUAAUAAUUUUUUUUAAUAAUUUUUUUUUUUUUUAAAGACAUGUCUUAUGUCUAAAAAAAAUGAAAAAAUUAUAAAAUCUUUUUUUAAAAUUUUUUAUAACUUUACAAGAUGUUUCUCAUGCGCACGAGAUCAUGUCUAAAAAAAAUUUAAAAAAAAUGUAUAUAUAUAUAAAAAAAAAUUCCCCCAUGUCCUUUUAGGGGCUCCGUAGAAUUGAGAUAUGGUAUUAGACAAUCUUUGCUUUGUCACCUGUAACACAAAGUUAAGAUGUUUUGUUCGGCUGGCUUAGCAUCUGUUGACCAAUUUUGGAUUUAUUUUAGCAUAUUUAAUGUACAAUAUGUAUCAAAGUGCCACGCAUCCUUUCGUUUUUUGGUCACACUUUAUUUAGCAUGGGGAACAUAUUCACCGUUAAUUACUUGCUUAUUAAAGUAACAAAGACUUCAUUUAGAGUUAUUUGGACACUAGGGGAACAUAUAAGGGUUAGGGUUACUAAUAAGCAAUAAUUCUUAGGUUAUUGAAGGAAGACUCUUAGUUAAUGGCUUACUGGUUGUAUAAUAAGGCCAUGCAGAAUAAGGCAUUAAUAAGUACUUAAUAAUGACUAAUUAUAGCCAAUAUGUUACUAAUUUGCAUGUUGAUAAGCAACUAAUUAAUGGUGAAUACUAAGGCCAUGCAGAAUAAGGCAUUAAUAAGUACUUAAUAAUGACUAAUUAAAAGCCAAUAUGUUACUAAUUUGCAGGUUAAUAAGCAACUCAUUAAUGGUGAAUAUGUGUUCCCCAUACUAAAGUGUUACCGACUUAAUUUAGUUGUUUGGACACUAGGGGAACAUAUUAGGGUUAGGGUUACUAAUAAGCAAUAAUUCUGAGGUUAUUGAGGGAAGACUCUUAGUUAAGGGCUUACUGAUUGUAUAAUAAGGCCAUGCAGAAUAAGGCAUUAAUAAGUACUUAAUAAUGACUAAUUAAGAGCCGAUAUGUUACUAAUUUGCAGGUUGAUAAGCAACUAAUUAAUGGUGAAUAUGUUCCCCAUACUAAAGUGUUACCGACUUAAUUUAGUUAUUUGGACACUAAGGGAACAUAUUAGGGUUAGGGUUACUAAUAAGCAAUAAUUCUGAGGUUAUUGAGGGAAGACUCUUAGUUAAUGGCUUACUGGUUGUAUAAUAAGGCCAUGCAGAAUAAGGCAUUAAUAAGUACUUAAUAAUGACUACCCGGUAAUUAAGAGCCAAUAUGUUACUAAUUUGCAUGUUAAUAAGCAACUAAUUAAUGGUGAAUAUGUGUUCCCCACACUAAAGUGUUACCCUUUUUUCAUGUAUGGAACCCUGGCCGCAAAAAGUUUGGACAUCCCCGAUGGAGAAAGUUUCACGUGUCAAGUUGUCCUAGCAUGUAUUUGCUACAUAAAAACAAAGGUAACAGCUGGCAUAGAGGUAGAAAUACUGCUAUUUCAGAAAUAAAUACAGUACGCGAUGUCAUUCAUACGUACAAACAGCUUGUAACUUAUCGGACCACCACAUAUGCUAAAAAUAAGUAAACUUUCCAAAAAAAACGAGGAGAAGUUAGGUAAAAGAAAACUGCUGAAGAGAACGCUGCAGGUUUUUUUUUUUGUAGUGUUGCUCAAAGUAAGAAUGUUAUACUGCCUUUGUUAAGGUUUUUGGGGGAAACCUACGAAGCCCCUAAAGGGACAUGAGGGAACACAUUUUUUUUAUAAUUUAAUUUUUUUUUUUUUUACA